AUGACGAGGAAAUCAAGUAGGAACAGAUCUACUGAAUUGUCGGACCUUCCCUUUGACGAGGAGACAAUUGCCCUUGCUGGGGGUGAUAUGCAGUUGCUUCGAAAUGUGAGGUCGUUGUUCUCGCAUAUGAAUGAUGAAGAGUUGUGGCAAUGUUUGGAAGACAUCAAGAGCGGAAUACUAUCACCAGACCAUCUACUUGACUUGAUGAACCACAAGGAUGAGGAGGAGCCUGACAGUGAACCUGAGAGAGAAGGAAUUAUUGAGAUUCAUCAUGAUGAUGGUGAUGAUGGUGAUGAUGGUGACAAUGUGAUUGAUGGCAGCGAUGCCAACAAUGGGCGAGAGAAGGAUACUGAAAUAGAAAGAGAGAUCAGUAUUGAUUUGGAGUUGAGUAACAAUUUCUUCAAUCCAUAUAAGUUUCAUGAUGCACUAUUUAAGACGUUGCGAAUAUGUAAACCCGAUGAUUAUGAUGAUCGAAUAAAGAAUUUAUUCGUAUGCUUGGCAGCACUAUGUGAUCCAUAUACACAGCCAUCUUCAACUGGUGAACGAAACGAAAUGAUUUUAAGCGCUGAUCUUGUUACCGAUAUUAUCAUCGGCAUAAUGUAUCCAAGUUAUGAGAUUGAUGAUAAUGGGAUAGGGGUAUUCAAUAUGGGUUACGAUCUAGGAAAAAUAAUUAUCAGGAUAAUGAAUGUCUUAAAUGCAGAUGAUGAAAAUGUUCUAAUGUACAUCAAAAACGAUGAAAACAACUGGAUUAAAGAGUUGAGUAAAUGGAUACCGAGAAAUACUUUCUCAAAUAUUGUUAAUAUUGCAAGUGACUAUCACCACUUGAAUUUACUUUAUACUAUAUUAACUGCAAGUUUACUAAUCAUCCAUAAGCUUUACUCAGAAUUAGGCAAUAUUUGUUUAAAUCCAUUUCUUUCACUAUAUUUGCAGAUUUGGAAAAACUUGACAAGAAUUAUUUAUAUGGGUAUUGAAAUUGACAGAAGAGAUGAGGAGAAUGGGUUCCCCGGUUAUCCCGAAGUAAUCAGAUAUGUAAUUAAGGGAUCGUCAGCUGUUAGAUCGAUGAUUUCAAUUAUUUUGAAUGACGACUUUGAUAGAAGAGUGCAUGACCUAAGGCACGAAUCAUUGAUCAACUUCAUGAGACCUUGGGGUCGUAAAUUUACAAAUGGCUCAAUCAAUAGGGAUAUUCGAAUUUUUGUUGCUGCUCUGCUUGGAUUAGGCUCAGAAUUGGACAACGUGACUGAGUUAUUGUUCAAUUUUGACCCUGAGGAUAGAUAUGACGAGGAUAUCAAAUAUAUGUUUGAAAUGGAAUUGGAAGAUAUGCAUAUUGAUGAGAAAAACUUGAAUGGUGAAUAUAAUAUCAAACACAAAGAAAACAUCAAAAAAUAUCUGGGAAUGAACAACUAUUUGGAGAUUGAACGACACGGAGAUCCGUCUGACAGAAGUGAUGAUAGCUCUGGCGCUUAUAAUGAAAAUGGUGAAAAUGACAGUAAUGUUAGAGAGAUAAAUCCGCAUUCGAAUUUUGAUCUACAUCCCGACUGCGAAUGUAAUUUCGAAGAUUUUGAGAGCGAUUAUGAAGAUUAUGAAGAUGACCAAGAAGAUGAUCAUGCAGUAAAUGAUGCGGUUGAGUUGAGUGAUGCCAAUGCAACGAUGGAGCGAUUAGCAUCGUUAAAUCUAAAUAGUUUGGAUUCGGAUACCAUUAAAGAUUUACAUCUAGAAGUUGUUCGAAAUAUCAAUAACGGACCAGCAGCAAUCAGGUCCAUAAAUAAUGAUGAAUUUGAUUCCAAGGGUAGAGAUUGGAGAGACAUACCUCGUGGUGAUAAUAAUAUACUAAGUAGAGAGUUUAUCAAUUUGUUGAAAAUAUCAAUCAAUGAUACGAAUAUUUUUAUUACAUCAAUUGGUAAUUUAAUUAAUGCAAUCGGUAGGAUGAGGGAGGAAACGCUCGAUUCAAACACUUGUGAAAAAAUCAUUAGGAGUGUUGCAUGGGUUGUUCAAUACGAGCAUGAAUCAUCAUUGAUGACAGAAGAUGAAGUAACGAAACAUAACAAUGAUGACUCGAUCAAUGCAGAUAAAAUCUACAAUUACCUGAAGGAGGAUGACAAUUUCAUUAAGAUGAUUGAGUUCAAUCCAUCGUCCUCAUUUUCAAUCAUUGAUGAGUUACUGAUGGCAAAGGGCUAUAGACGUGUACUAAUUUGGUUUCUAACACACUUACCAUUGAACCAGUGGCUAAUUAACUAUUUUCAUGACUUACUAGUGGGACUAAGAGGAGAGGUACAGGAUUCUCAAUCGAGGUUCAAGUUUAGUCGGGUUGGGCCAUUGAUAUUAAGUGAAGUUGAAAAAUCCAUGUUAUUACAUGAAUUUUUAUCGAAUGCAGUAAUCUACCUCUCACGUGGCUCGUCAUACGAAUUCGAAGAUAUUAUUUAUAACCAGUUGGAGCUAGAAAAAUCCAAAGAUGACAAUGUGUCUUCGUAUAUAACCAGCAGAUCCAAUGCUCAAAAGCUAAUCAAAAUGAUUUGCCUAAUGUUGAAGUCUUUAGAGAAGCAUAAAAUCCUAAGGCCUGGAGAUGAUGAAUAUAGAAUUGAGAUUCAAACGUUGCUGGUGCAGUGGGUUGGUGUUGGAUUUGUACCUGAAGCAAGAGAAUUGUUUUUCAAGUAUCAGAAGUGUGAGGACAUCAAGGAUGGAGAAAUCAAUGAUACAAAUGAAAGUCAGGCUGAAAACGAAGAUGAACUCAUUCAGAAUGAAAUCAAAAAUCUACGAAAUAAUUUACCAGAUGAGAAACUAUCUAGCGUUUUAACAAGAAGUAAGCUGCACAUUUUACUAUCGAAUUUGACAACAUUUAAAAAACUCGACAUAUUUAUGAUACUGUUGAACAUGUCGUCAUUCUACACUUCAAGAAAGGAUAGAUGUGUAAAUUUCAUCAGUGAUUUAAAUGUGUUUAAUCCACAGUAUGAUACAAGAGAAGAAAUUGAGUUAGCAUGUAAUGCGUUAUUUUUACCAUUGUAUAUUGCCAUUAUUGAGGGUGAUGUUCAAAUUAUUAUAGAAAUAGGGAUUGCGUCGCAUUUACUCGACGUUGAAGAUAUAGACAAUGCAAGGGAGAUGAUCACCAUCUAUCUAAACAGUUUAAUGGAUGGUAAGAAUAAUGAUAUGGAUUUCUUUCGUGAACAUUUUUUAACGGCCAUGGGGGGUGUAGAGGAUCUACUUGGUGGAGUUAAUGAAGAUGGGGAUACUAAGAAGAAGAAGAAAAAGAAAAAGAAAAAGAAGGGGAAGAAAUGA